GCUUGGAGUAAGCUAUGCUCACAGCUGUAGCUGCUCUAACUAGUAUGACUAGGAUACUUUAGUAGUGGGCAAUAUGCAACCUCGGCAAAUUGCUUUUGACUCUGCGCCUCAUAAUGAUUGUGAACAUACACUGACCCAAAACAAUGUACACUCAAUCUUACUGCGCAAACUACAAUAUGUGUUGUAUCAAUCAAUCCUGUCGCCUGUCGAUGUAAGAGGUGAUGUUUGGCUGAAAGGCGCUAACGUGAUUGGAUACCUAGUCACAUGGAAGAAACGGGCAGGAAGAGGCUCCGAAGAAUGUCACUCGUCCAUUCCACCUUACUUCUGCUUGUGCACCAGACCGCGUCAAGAAGAGCCGGGGUCUUGUCGUGUCCUCAAAGAACUACUCUACUUGCUACCGGUACUCGGCGACAAGCCUAGAGGCAGGUGUAUACAGAUUCAGCGCAGACAGGGUUCAAGCAUCGGCUGGUCCGGUUGGUCUCGCUUAUCCCUACAAGCUUGUGACUCGAGGAGCGAAAACACUGAAUCAAUGACAUGGAAAGAUGGGUUUGCCAACGAGUUGAUAUUUCAAAUCGUGAGUAAGUGAGCAAGGAUGUCGCCCAGACUAACCGGAUGUCGGAGCAUUCGGCUACUCUAGCAGCAACUAGCAGGAUGCCGCGAGUCCGCGGCGGCAAGCAGUUGCCGAGCACGAGUAGCGAUGUCGUAUCCUGGGGGAAAUGAGAGGUUGCAAGCGCAAUGUCCGGCGGGUCUAAAAGUAGCGUGUAUACGAAAGCGAGGGAGAGAG